UAAAACAGAGACUUACCUUGACACAUCGUAUUAUUAUAAAAUUUUCUGGCAAAAUUGGAAUGCGCUUCUUUGUUGAUAAAAUUCGACAACAAUUAGAUAAAAUACUCUGCGCAUAAAUACAAUAAUCAAAGCAAACAAUAAUCUGGAUAAUGAAGAAUAUUGAUGUAAACAUUUCUGUACCAUUUCCAACACCUAGAGAAGCAGAAAUUGCCUACAAAGUGCUGAGUGUUGACAGUGAGCCCAGAAGGAGUGGAAUUCAAAAGAUUUUAGUCGUCGAUGGAAAUAUUCUGAAUGUAAAAUUCAGUGGAGAAGAGGCACGAAAAGUUCGAGUGGGUCUCACGUCCUUCUUCGACAGUUUGACAUUGGUAACUCAAACGAUGUCUGAAUUUGGACCCCCAGAGCCUGUUUAUAGUCAUUACAAUUGAUGAAUAAUCACUAAAAAU